CAAGUCCCCACUGCGACCCAAACAAAACGCUAACCUUUAAAUCCAGAAGCAAAACAUAAGAAACAAAACUAUUGAUGUUAGUGGCCGUUAGAACAGUUUCAAACUGUUUCAAAAGCUUUUAAAAAUUAAUUUAAAUUUUUACAUUAUUUAAAAUGCGUUUAGCGAUCUAUAAACUUGAAGAUGAAUCUAAACCUUUAUGUAUCUUAUCCGAGGGUACACAUUCUCUUGGAAGAGGUUCGCAACUUGGUUGUACAGACAAAAGAAUUUCAAGAAAUCAUGUCUCAAUUUCAAUAGAAGCACUGUCUGCCUCAUUUUCUUUGGUACAUCACACAAACCCUUGUUACUGGAGAUGUGCAGACAGCACACAUCUGUCUCUCUUAAAACCCAGCAUGCCAAUGGAAAUCAAUGAUGGCGACACAUUUGGUUUCUUUCCUGAUAUAUUCUGGUUCAAAAUUAAAUAUUUCACAGCACCUCUUGAUGAGAACAUUGAUACAGUUCCUACCUCUUCAAGCACAGUACCAAUUCAACCUGAGGAUAAUAUCAAUCAUGAUCAACCUGUUCAACAGGACACACCAGAAGUAAACAUCGCCAAUCAAGUCUCAGAUGAAAAUGUAUCUGAAAAUAAUGCUCAGGAAGAAACUACAAUUAAAUCUGACUGUGAUUCUACAACACCACAAACUACAAACACCACAAACAAUACAAAUAAUGAUAAUGAUGAUGCAGAUCAGCCAUCUUGCAGUAAUACAGCUAAGAAAGAGUUUAAAGAUAGAUGUUGGUAUGGAGCUAAUUGUUACAGAAAGAGUCAAAGUCACAGAGAUGCAUUUAGUCAUCCUGGCGAUGCUGAUUAUGAUACAGAUCCUGAAGAUGAUCGCCCAGCUUGUCCCUAUGGCAGAGGAUGCUUUCGAAAGAAUAAGGAGCACAGAAAAGAAUAUAAACAUUCAAAACAAACUGUAAAACCACCAAAUAAAAGACCUGGUGAUCCAAAUAAUGUUUUACCAACAAAAAGGAAAAGAAAAACUAAAGCAGAACAAGAUUUGGCUGAUUAUGAUGAUGAUUUUAUUGAUGAUGAGGAAGAAGAUGCGUUUGCAACCGAUGAAGAUGAAGACUUUGAAUUAGAUGAUAGUGAUAGUGAUUAAAAUGCCUUAACCUGCACAAUUACUUAAUAUUUGAAAUCGUAAAUGAAGACAAAAGUACUAUAUGAUUGUUUGUGAUGUUUAUGAUGAUGUUAUUGAUUGUUUUAUACAAUGAAAUGUUAAAGAAAUGAAAAAAUGAUUAAAUAAAUCAAUAUGCAUACAA